GUUUGGAGAGCCAGCCAUAUUCCACAUACUGACUUGGUUGGAUCGUCAGAUUCAACAUCUGAUUGAUACUUUCGUUACUCCAUACUCUCGUGGACAUCUAUGUAUACUGUGGCUGUGCAGAAUAAUGACGUAGCACUCGCCACAGCACCGCCACAUGAUCAUUCGAUGACUCAAUAUCGUCGCUUUUAUUUAGAGCCACUUGCCCUUGAAGACUGAAUAUUCACGCUCACGUUUCUCUUCUAAUUCCACAUAAAAACACAUCCUUUAACCUCACCAGACCAAUAUUCACACUACACACACAUCCAAAAUGCCUCACCAAGUCCCUACCACCUCUGACCGCGACAACCAACCUGAGACUCGUCCAACCGGGUCUGCAGGCUACGCAUCCCUCGAUGCCCUCUCCUCCAUUGAAACCAACGAGAGCGGUCGUGUACUGGGCACCGGAACAGGAGGCACUGUUACCGCGCCGGGAUAUUCGUCUGGAUUGAUUGCGGAUGUGCUGCAGAAUGCUGAGAGCGAUCGGCCGUUGAGCAAAGAUGAAGCGGAGCGGUUGUACGAAGAGAGGAUGGAAGAGGAAUAUGCUAAGAGAGAGGGAGGUGCAUAAACAGACAUAAAGUGACACAAACGGGAAAUAAUAGAAAAAUGUACAGUAUCAUAAUGCAUUGUUUAAUAAAAUCUCUACUUUAAGAAAAGACUACUUGGAAUCUCUUCUCCAUACCCCCACGCAAGGCGAAGAAAUGAUGAAAAGAUAAAAGUAUCCCGAAGGAAGAGUGCCAAAGAAUACGCCUGUCAAUGACCCGAAGGCCGUUGAACGGACUGUUCCGCCGCGCUGUGCAAUG